AUGACAACCGACCCCCUCAGCCCAGCCUCAGUGCUAGGCUCCAUGGUCGAAGCCCUCCCCACCCACUCCAAAGACGACACCACCUCCGACCUCAGCUCCUCCCUCGACGCCAUCACCCUAUUCAUCCACAGCUGCUUCACCAACCUCUCCUUCCGCCUCCUCGGCCUCAACGAAGACCAAAAGAUCGAGUCCGAGUGCGCCAAGCUCGCCCCUCGCCUCCCCCCGCCAUGGAACGCCUCCGCCAGCUCCCACAGCUUCGUCUACGCCCACCCCCAAUCCUCCAUGCAAUUCGUCAUCCGCAUCGACCGCCUCGGCUCCAAGAUUGAAGUCCGGGGGUUGGCCACCGGAGACGAACGCAUUGCCCGCUUCGAAAUCACACCCAAAGAUUACAUCUCCAACGCCUCCCUCCCAGUCCGCAUAACCAUGACACCCGAAGGCAACGAAGACCGCUCAGACCUCUACUCCAAACUCUCCAACGUCUUCAUAUCCGAAGCACGUAUAACCGACCUCGUCUCUUUGCUCAAAAUCUCCAUCAUCCAACGGUUGAUACCAUCCCUCCAAAAAGAGGGCUAUCAAGAAGACCCAGCAGCAUCAGCCACCCGUCUUGAUCCUAACCCCCGUAGACCACAAGACCCCCCUCACCUCCCCCCACCAGCCCAACCAAACCCUUACCCUGCCCCUGACCCGCUCGCCAACCCUCCCCCAAGGCCAAUCCCAGCCGGUGACUUCCCGCCACCUGACUUUGAAGAUGAAUACGAAGUCAACCGACCCCCUCGAGGUCCCCUCAACAUGCCUGGUGGGAAUUUCGGAGGGCUGGGACAUAACGAUUUGUACCCUCCCGGCCUGGGACCGGAUGAUCCCAUCAGAGGCAGCUUUGUCGGUCCGGGCGGGCUAAGGAGACCAAGUGGGCGCGGAGGGUUUGCAGGGGGUGGUAUGCAUCCCACGUUUGACGAUCCGUUGUUUCAGGGACCGAGGGGAGAGGGAGAUGGGAGCUUUAACGGGCAGGUUCCGCCUGGGGCGAGGUGGGAUCCGCUUGGUCCGGGGGGCCAGCCUAGGUUUGGGGGUGGGAGACCGGGUGGUGGUAGGGGAGGUAGUGGGUUUGGAGGGGGAUUUGGGGGGUUUGGGGGUGAUAUUAUUUGA